AUGACAUAUCCAACAAAGGCCAUUGCACCAGUGCUUUUAGAAGAUUAUCGGAAAGUACAGACGGAGUUUCGAGGAGACACGAAUUUUUUCACUUCAGCCAAUAUCAAAGCAUGCAUGAAGAAGGUAAUAGCGGUGGAUCUCCAUGAGACCGUGCAAGUCGACAGCGAACUUUCUAUUCGUGCCUUUUAUGCUGGUCAUGUGCUUGGCGCAGCCAUGUUUGAAAUCCGUGUUGGUCAUCAAAGCAUACUGUACACAGGUGAUUAUAAUAUGACACCUGAUCGGCAUUUGGGCGCAGCUCGAGUGCUGCCUGGUCUUCGACCCGACUGCCUCAUUUCUGAAUCCACCUAUGCCACAACAAUCCGUGAUUCGAAGCGAGCACGUGAAAGAGAUUUCCUGAGGAAGGUUCACGAUCGAGUAAUGGCGGGAGGGAAGGUUCUGAUUCCGGUUUUCGCGUUGGGUAGAGCUCAAGAGCUGUGUAUUCUCCUCGAGUCGUACUGGGAACGAAUGGAUUUGAAAAUACCGAUAUAUUUCUCUCAAGGAUUAGCAGAACGAGCAAAUCAGUAUUACCGAUUGUUCAUCAACUGGACAAAUGAGAAGAUUAAGCGUACGUUUGUCGAAAGGAACAUGUUCGAUUUCAAACAUAUCAAGCCUCUUGAUAAGGGGUAUGAGGAAAUGCCUGGCGCCAUGGUGUUAUUUUCAACCCCAGGAAUGUUACACGGUGGCCAGUCGUUGAAAGUUUUCCGGAAAUGGUGCCAUGAUCCGAGAAACAUGAUCAUUAUGCCUGGUUACUGUGUUGCUGGAACUGUUGGCGCGAAAGUAAUAAGUGGUAUGAAGAAGAUUGAAAUUGAAGGUAAAAUGCAUGAUAUCAAUCUGGCUGUUGAGUACAUGUCGUUCAGCGCUCACGCCGAUGCCAAAGGAAUCAUGCAGGUU